AUGACCGUGUCUAAGACGACGCCCCACACGAACGCAACGCUUCGCAUUUGGAGACACCUCCAAGAACUGAAAGAGAACAAGAAAUCCAUUGUCUUAGACGGUAACAACUUAGACAUUGCCUCUAUUGUCGCGGUCGCUCGCCACGGAGUGAAGCCACGCAUCAGUGACGACGAACAGCUGGCCAAGCAGCUCGAACUCAGCGUCAAGGCACUGACCGACUACCUCUCGAACGACUAUGUUGUCUAUGGCGUCAACACUGGGUUCGGCGGUAGUGCCGACACUCGUACAAAAAAGGUGCUGGACCUGCAGAUCCAUCUGCUCCAGCAUACACAGAGCGCGAUCAUCACAUCCACCGACAAAGAUCUCGGCAGCAACUCUGAGCGCGAGCCGUCACAUGUGAUGCCCCCCUCUUGGGUUCGCGGCGCGAUUGUCGCCCGAGCCAACCAAAACCUGAGAGGACACAGUGCUGUUCGAAUUAAUGUUCUCCAGAGCCUGGUUGAUCUGUUGCACCAUGACAUCACCCCUAUGGUGCCUCUGAGAGGAACCAUCUCCGCGUCCGGAGACUUAAUGCCCAUGUCUUACAUCGCCGGAGCUAUUGCCGGAAACCCCGAUGUCUUUGUCCAGGUGGGGAAAGGUAAGAGCGCGCGUGUGCUGCCUGCUUCGGAAGCCCUGAAAGAAAGCGGGCUGUCGCCCUCUGGCCUCGGUCCAAAAGAAGCCCUGGGGUUGAUCAAUGGCACGGCACCAUCUGUGGCGGUGGCUAGCUUGGUCCUCUACGAUGCGCAGCGGCUUGCCCUUCUCUCACAGCUGCUCACGGCUUUCACUGCCGAGUGCUUAGGAGGAAACGUGGAGUGGAGUCACCCGUUUAUCCACGAAACCCGACCUCACACGGGGCAGAUCGAGGCCGCGAGCAAUAUCCGACGCUUCCUGAGCGGCUCGAAACUCGUUCACGGCCUGGACUCCCGGAAAAGAACCGGCGACGGGCUGUGGCAAGAUCGGUAUUCGACACGGACUUCCCCGCAGUGGAUUGGCCCGUAUCUGGAGGACCUGCUCCUGGCGCAGCAUCAGCUGGAGGUUGAGUUAAACUCCACUUCGGAUAACCCACUGGUCAAUACCACCCCACGAGAGGGUGCCUCCGGCGGGGAUGUGUAUUCCGGGGGAAAUUUCCAAGCAGUUGUGGUUACGUCCGCCAUGGACAAAACUCGUCUGGCGCUCCAGAUGAUUGGCCGCAUGCUCUGGUCCCAGGUGUCCGAGUUGAUUGGCCCUACCACCAACAAUGGGCUGGAAGCCAAUUUGAAUGCGAGCGAUCGUGAGAACUAUACAAUGAAGGGCAUUGAUGUCAAUAUGUCGGCUUAUAUGUCGGAGUUGGCCGCUCUGGCCCAUCCCGUCUCGUCCCAUGUUAUGUCGGCGGAGAUGCAUAACCAGGGGAUCAACUCGCUGGCUUUGAUCUCUGCAAGGCGGACCCUGGAGGCUGUGGAUCUGGUUGCUCAUAUGAGUGCCUGCCACAUGUACGUGUCUAGUCAGGCCGUUGACAUUCGUGCGAAUCAUAGGCGGUUCCUCUCCAACUUCUGUGAACAAUUGAAGGAUACCACAUCAAAUGGUAUCCUGCAUGGUCUCGGCCUGACCAAUACACAGACUGAGGCUCUUGCAGCUUCACUAUUCCCAGUCAUUGAAUCCACGUGGUAUCACUGGAACAACAACACCUGGAAGGACCGUAUCCCGCAGGUCGUCCAGGCCGUCAUGCUGCCCGUCACCGAGUUUCUGGCACAACAUGACCAGAACUUCUCCGGCGCCGCGUUGCUCAGGUUCAAGAACCAGUUCGAAAAGACUCUUUCUGCAACAGCGAACCAAAUGUUCUACCCAAACCCAACCAUCCCCCCUGCUGAAGUCGUCACGCAACUUGGCGCGGGGUCAGCACAGUUGUAUUCAUGGGUGCGUGCGAAGCUCCACAUCCCUCUGCAUGGUGGGAUUAGAGAUGAUCCACUUUACAAUGCGAAAGAGGGUCUCCCCACGGAUAGCAAAAAGACAAUUGGAAGCUGGGUAAGCUUAAUCUACGAGAGCUUGCUCCAUGGGGAUAUGAUGGAUACGGUCUUAGAUGGCUUGGAUACUGGUCGAAGCCUCCCAGCAGAGUGUUUUCCAGAAGGAGACUAG